GACUGUUUAACGGUGUGUUUAACCCAGGCCUCUGUGACCUCUGACCCUUCUGGUCCUGAUCUCCUCAGACUCUGUGAGCCUCUGCUGCAGGUUUACUCCUCCUCAGUGAGUUCACGACUCGUGUCCCCCCCAUCGAGCGUCAAGUCUUACACCAUUGUUACCGUGCAAUGCAUAAUUCCCUCUUAAUGAUCACUGCGAGGCCAUACAUUAGCACAUGCCAUGGAUCACUUUGUUCUUGAGUCAUUCAAGCCAAAUGUUAUUGACUUCAGUGCACUACCGCCGCCUUGCGCCCGACCUCUUCAAUGGCAUGUUCAGCACAGACCAUUCUGUUUCUGUAUUUCAAGAAGAUGUUUAUAUAUUUGAAGCGUUCGCAAAGUAGCUGCACAAAAACACAGCAUGGUGGUCCGCCUCGUCCUGCUGAGGUCGCAGGGGGCAGAAGCUGGUCCCAGCUACCUGGGGCAAGAGGCAGGGUCCCAGAAAACCUACACACUGGAAAGAGAAAAAAAGACCCGUACGACUUGGACUUUUGUCUCCUGGGUUUUUCAAGGAAAACGUGCAGCAGACUCACAAGUUAAAUGCGCAAUUUCCUCUCAAGGCAGUGAAGUGACAGAUUGUUAGCUCAACACUGCCACCAUGCGACGGAACCGUGACACAGCACCACAAAUCUGUCAUCGACACAUCACGUUACCUGGCGGUUCUGACGCGUUAGUUGAUGAAGUCAGGCGCGUAUCUUUGUGUAAACAUAACGCAUAGGGGGAAAUAGCGAUAAUACAGUGUCAUGUAUCGAUGUAUUUAUUUGUUUCAUUGCCGUUACAGUCCUGAAAAUCACUGGCGAAUCACCACCAAACUACACCCACCACACCCUGUCGUUCUCUUCUAAUCGCACGAGAAGGAGAAAUAAAAGGGCGCUGAGCUGGUGGUGACUUAUUUGGGGGGUCACGGUUCACGUUACUACUACGGACUUCCUGUUUUACUUUGAAGCUUGCAAGCGGAAGUGGCUUGAGAAGUUGUGCCACAAACUUGAGGAAGUCCUUGAGGAGGUCCGUGAGUGAAGUGAGUUCAAACUUGUCAUGAGCGGCUCCUAACACUGAAGUGAGUCCGUUUACAGCGCCGUGUUGUUGUGCGUGACGUCAGCCUCCCCGAGCCAGCUAGCUAGCUAGCCCGGCUAGCUAACGGGCUGUCAUGGCGCCGCUGCGGGUCUUGUGUGUUCACGGCUACCGUCAGAACAGCGCCUCGUUCCGGGAGAAGACCGGCGCGCUGAGGAAACUUCUGAAGAAGCAGGUGGAGCUGGUGUUCGUCACGGCUCCACACCGCGUGCACGGUGCCCGGGCAGGAGAUCCGCUGAGAGAGAGCGUUCCCAGCAGCAGCUGUGAGACAGAGGAGGAGGAGGACGACGUCCGGGGUUGGUGGUUCUCCGACACCCAAGCUCGGAGCUUCAGCGCCCAGCAGGCGUGCGAGGAGAGUUCGGGGCUGGACGAGAGCGUGGCGGCUGUCCGAGAAGCCGUGGAAAGCCAGGGUCCCUUCGACGGCGUCCUGGGCUUCAGCCAGGGGGCGGCCCUGGUGGCCAUGCUGUGCUCUCUGCAGGAGCAAAAGCUGGAGCCGCUCUUCCACUUUCGCUUUGCCGUUCUGGUGGCUGGCUUCCGCAGCGCCUGCGCGGCGCACCAGCGGUUCUACAGCGCCACCAUCCGAAUGCCCUCGCUGCACGUGUUCGGGCAGGAGGAUCGGGUCAUCCCUGAGGCCAUGAGUCGCGACCUCCUCCCGACUUUCCUGGACCCACAGGUCCUCACUCACGCGGGCGGCCAUUUUGUGCCUGCGGCUUCAGCGCACAGACAAACCUACCAAGACUUCCUCAGGCGCUGCGCUGCAAGCUGACGUGAGCGCCAUGAAGACGUGCUAAUAAACGGAGCCUGCACUUGAGCACCACCUUGUGAGAGUUCCUUCUUGCUUCAUAGUUCGAUUGAUCGAAGCUCUGGCCCGGAACCGCCCGCUUGUGCUCGUCCAACCUGCGGCUCUCUUGCUGCCAGAAGACCGAAUGGGACGAUGUGGAGUCUUUUGAAGAGUGAAACAAGCGGGUUUGUUAUGAAAGAUGUUGUUCUGGAGCAGCUGAAGAGCGCCGCUCCAUGCUCGACGGAACACACCAGAGUGGAGGGACAUGUUGUUCUUUUAAAGCUGAAGCAUGUGCGUGUUGGCCUGCGAUUGUUUCCAGAUGCUGCUGCUCUCCUCUCGCUCCUUCUCUGCUGCUUUCAUCUGCUCUCCACCUCCCGUCCAGCGCCUCAACAUCUCCUGCCCGUCCACAUCCCGUGUGCUUCCUGUUUCACCCACCUGCUGCCUGGUGUUUCACCAAGGUCAAAAGACGGGGCGGAGGCGUCCCAGGUGGUGGUGUGUUCAGAGACUCAAGAGUCAGAGAGGAUGGACCUGAUCAGAAAUGAGUCUGUCAGAGAGAUGUGAGGAGAAGUUUGGAGGCAAAGUCAGGGAGGUCAGCCAAGGAGGUCAGAGAUGGAGGAGACACUGAUGGGGAGGAUAUAGCGCCUCCUGAUGGCAGGUAGAAGAAGCUGGCUGUCGUCUUGCGCCCGUGAUCUGUUUAUCUGAACAUGGGUGAUACACUGUUGACCCUGUGACCCUCCUGCUGGGGCUAAUCUGAUCUGAUGUCUCCUGUCAGUGCUGUGUUUGUAUGAUCAAGAUCUUCGUGUUUCCUUCAGCACUCAGGUUUCCUCCCAUCCGUCUACCUCAGUUCUCACAGCUGACUGGCUCAGACCUCCGGAGCCCAGCGGCGGCUCCGGGACGGCAGUGUGUGACUGUCGUGGUUCCCACUUGAGAGUCAGAAAACAAGCUGAUCAACGGGAGGAUUCUGUUGUGGGAAGCCCUCUGCAGAGCAGGAGACGGAGCUGAGGCCCCCCCCUCCCCGCUGGCCGAGCCUGGCCGUGCCGCUCCUGACUCCCCUGUGGCCCUUGUGUCCCUCCAAGACCCCACUCCACACAACACACAUGGUUUCGAUAACAAGCGCCGAGCGAAGGAAGCAGUCAAAGAAAAACAGAGGGUCAUUCUUGCCAGUAAGUUUUACAACAGAGCUGUGACUCUCUUCUCAGGAAUCCGUUCCCCCUUGUUGCACAACAGCCGGGAAGUACAAGAAUGAGACGUGGAGUCCAAGAAGGGUGGAGUUGCUCGCUCCCCUCUUCAGGCGCUCGCUCUUGUGGUGAGCAACACUGGAGCUGCCGCCGCUGCGAUGGACGGAUCACUUUUUCCUGGGGAUGAGGAGAGGAGCGCGCAGGGGUGUGUCGCCUCACCCACCCGCUCUAUUUUGACUCCAAACUUGUGUUGUCCUGGGAGACGGGGGCGGGGCUUCUGCUGGAACUAUAAAAGAUGAGCAGCAAAACUCUGAGGAGCCUGGUCUUCCCACCGACCGGACCCCGUCGCCAGGAGAGGAGUCUGGGCGCGGAGCCCCGCCGCCGAGCGAGUGGCCCCUGAAGUGCGUGUGUGUUGGGCAUGUGUGGGGAUGAUGCAACCGUGUGUUGGCCGGCCGCCAAACUUGGAUUCCUCUUUUCUCUGCCUCCAAACAGCUGAUCUGAGUUGGGCUGAGUCACUUGAUCUUGCCGUCAGCCUGCACGCUGUGAUCCGAGCUGCUGCCAGGACGGGGAGCGGCGGCAGGGUCGGCGUGUGACCGCGUCCUGCAGCAACAGGGUAAAUCUUAGUCGCGAUGGCAGGAGUGAGACGCUGCUGAGGCAGGCAAGCACGUCACGGACCCAGAGAUGAAGCCGUUUCCAGGCCAUGGCUGCUCCGUGUUCCGCUUUCCAAGCUUGGUUUGCUCUGCACUCUGAUGUUGACAAAUCAGGCCCCAUGUUUGUUAAGUUGCUGGAGCUGCUGCGUCUGUUCUGUGGCUCUCACUGUGCUCUCUCCUGACCCCUGCUGGGGCUUCAUACAACUAACCCUGUACCAAGUGACUGCUGCUGCCGUGUGGGAUGGUGGGAUGAAGAUGUUGUGGACUUCACAAGUGACGACCUGCACGCUGGGAGCUCGAGCGCUCAGUCGCUCAAGACGCAGCUCUUGGGUCACAGGAAGUCAUGGACCAUAUUCGGCCCCGGGGCCUUGGAUUUGACACACGCGCGGCUCCAAUCCUGGCUGUGUUCAGUCACGCGGAAAGGAAGUGUUCGAGCUGUUGCUGCGCGAUGUGUUGA